ACCAUGGCCACCUUCGUGGAGCUCAGUACCAAAGCCAAGAUGCCCAUUGUGGGCCUGGGCACCUGGCAGUCUCCCCCAGGCAAAGUCAAGGAAGCUGUGAAGGCCGCCAUUGACGCUGGGUAUCGCCACAUUGACUGUGCCUAUCUGUACGAGAAUGAGAAUGAGAUAGGAGAAGGGAUCCGAGAGAAGAUCCAGGAGAAGGCUGUGAAGCGGGAGGACCUCUUCAUCGUCAGCAAGCUGUGGCCCACCUUUUUUGAGAAAAGCCUGGUGAAGAAAGCCUUUCAGAAAACCCUCACGGAUCUGAAACUGGAUUAUCUGGACCUGUAUCUAGUGCAUUGGCCACAGGGAUUCCAGCCUGGGAAGGAGUUUUUACCCAUAGAUGACAAAGGCAAUAUUCUCACCAGUAAAUACACAUUCUUGGAUGCUUGGGAGGGCAUGGAGGAACUAGUGGACCAGGGUCUGGUGAAAGCCCUGGGCAUCUCCAAUUUCAACCACUUGCAGAUUGAAAGGCUCCUGAACAAGCCUGGGCUGAAACACAAGCCAGUGACCAACCAGGUCGAGUGUCACCCAUACCUCACCCAGGAGAAACUGAUCCAGUACUGCCACUCCAAGGGCAUCACUGUCACGGCCUACAGCCCCCUGGGCUCCCCAGAGAGACCUUGGGCUAAGCCAGGGGACCCUUCACUCCUAGAGGACCCCCAAAUUAAGAAGAUUGCUGCAAAGCAUAAGAAAACCCCGGCCCAGGUUCUGAUUCGCUUCCACAUCCAGAGGAAUGUGGCUGUGAUCCCCAAGUCGGUGACACCCUCCCGCAUGCAGGAGAACAUUCAGGUGUUUGACUUCAAGUUGAGUAAUGAAGAGAUGGCCACCAUUCUCAGCUUCAAUAGGAACUGGAGGGUCUGUUCCUUGCCUAUGACAAUUAAUGCGGAGGACUACCCUUUCCAUGUGAACUACUGA